AUGGGCGCCAGAUUCGAGUUCGCUGUUGAUUGCCUCGACUGGACCUGGGUUUUGGGUGGACUUGAAAGCCCUGCUGGCGAGCCGUGGACCACCGAGACUUAUCAGUGUAGUUCCUCAAUUGAUGCUGAGCGGGAGCUCAUGGUUGGUCUCACCGGAACUAAACUGACCAUAAUGGAUCAGGUUGUCCUAAUCGACCUCAAACAUGGCAUGUCCAUAAGCGAACCAUUGCCGAAAAGUACGCGGUUUCCUGUGAGACUGUCUUCUCCUGCAGUGAAAAUAAUAGAUUUCUCUCAUAGUGCAUGUUGUUUAGCAUGCCGGCUUACUCCUUCUGGCCAGGGACUGCUCAUCAACUUGAGAAAAUUUGCUAACCAAGAUUUGACCGAGCGUUUUUAUGAGGACCCAUCGGCACUACCAAGCUUAGCGCCAGACCUUGACAUAAACAUGGAGGCGGUGCUCCUACCCGUUUCACUUGACAACGAUGGUCCCGCUAGUGUAGAUCGUCAAGGAGUUAUUGUGAUGAGAGGUCAUCAUGCUUAUACUACUAAGAGUAGUCCUUUUAUGAUAAUGCCAGAUGGUAAGUGA